GUUCCUCACAGGAAGUAGGUCCCUCUCAGACGGUCAGAGCCAUAGUUGGGGAUGACACAGUUCUGCCGUGUCUCCUGAAACCUCCUAAUGAUGCUACUCACAUGACUGUGGAGUGGGGAAGACCUGACCUGGAACCCAGAUUUGUGUUUGUAUUACUUGAUGGGAAGGAACACCUGAUGAACCAAAACCAGGCCUACAAGGGAUGAAGUUCAGUGUCGACUGAUAACCUGAAGGAUGGAGACGUCUCACUGAGACUGUCUGAUGUCAGACAMUCUGACAACGGCAGAUAUCGAUGCUACAUCCCCAAACACACACAAGAAGAGUUUGUUGAGCUUCUUGUUGGUUCAGUGUCCUCAGCUGGGAUCAGGUUAGCAGGACUUGAUGAAGGCACCAGUGGGGUGAUGUUAGACUGUAAGUCUGCAGGCUGGUUUCCAGAACCACAGCUCCUCUGGUUGGACGGGGAGGGACAGGUCCUCCCUGCUGGACCUGCAGAGACCAGCAGAGGUCCUGAUGGUCUGUAUUCUGUCAGCAGUAGAGUCACUGUGGAGAAAAGAGUCAACAACAACUUUACCUGCAGAGUCCAACAGAAGGACACGGAGCAGAGCAGAGAGACACAUGUCCAUGUUCCAGAGGACUUCUUUGUGGUCCGGUCUAACUGCUCUGUUCCUGUCAGCCUAAGUCUGGUUUUGUUUUUCAUCCCGAUUCUUGUUGUUUCUGUUUAUGUCUGGAGAUGGAGACAAAGAAAAACCUGCUUGGAGUAG